AUGGAACUUAACGUUAAUAAUCCAGUUGUUCUCUUAAUAGGAAAAACAGGUGCGGGAAAAAGCACUCUUGGAAAUUUACUUGUUGGGGCACCACAUGAUAAUGGACCUUUCCAUACCUCUGCACAAAUGGAUUCUGUCACAAAAGAGUGUACCGUAGCAACAAUAUCAAUUGACGGCGUACCAUAUAACAUCGUUGACACGCCUGGAAUUUUUGACACUCAGCAAGGUACAAUACCAGUACUUAAUCAAAUUGCCAAGACUAUCAAUAAAUGUGCUCAUGGGGUUAAGGCUAUCCUUAUUGUGUAUAAAGCCAGAAGGUUUACUGAUGAACAAAGGAACGUUUUAAACGAAAUAAGAACGUUUUUAGGAAAAGAUGCAACAAAUAACAUCAUAUCAGUUUUUUCUCAUGCAAGCACAGACUGAUGAUAGAAAAAUAAUGCAAAGAGAUUGGAAUCACUCUGUUCGUUCUUUAUUCAAAGCAUUGGAAACCGUUGGG